ACAGAGAGAGAGACAGAGCGUGUUAGAGAACAGCCGCAGCUACACUAACGAACAGUGCUGUUGAUAAGUGGACUGCCUCAAGAUAGAAGACGACGGACAGAGAGUGAAUGAGGAGACAGAACCUCCACAGGUCCUUCCCCUUCUUAUCCAUCCAUCCUGAAGAGGGAAAACGAGAGAGCGGAGGAGCUGAGGUUUAAUUCAUUCGAUUUCUCAUCCCCUAUCACUGACUUGACAGACUCGGAUGGUCUCUGACAUUGAUCCUUCACGUGGAUACGGCUUCCUGGAGCCGGCUCAAAGCAAAUGGGAGUUUGAAAUACCCCCGGGGGAAGAGCCCAAAUCAUAAGCCAGGGAUCCACAUGGAUUUGCUCAGCCAGGGUGUUAGAAGAGUAGGAAACCGAAACAUGGAAACCCAGAAUGAUGUAGGUGCAGAAUUCACCACAGAACUUUGUACCACGACUCCUGCUGAGUUUCCAUCGGACCAGCUGGGAUGAGCCAGUCAGACUGAAGAACCCAAACCACCCAGUUCCAUCCAACCGGACGUUCUAAUCAACCAAAAUAUGUGUUCCACCUGGGCUAAGUGUGCGUGAUAUGCAGAAACCUCACCGCGAUUGACAUAAAAACAAUCCUUAUAAGAAUCAUUUGCAAAGGAUGAUGUUGAUUUGUGAAUAAAUCACAUAUUUGGCUGUCAAGAAUUCAUCCAUAGAUGAGGGCAGUGUUUCAGCCUCCAGACACAUUUCUUCAGUGUCCUUGUUGGUCUGAGUAUAAAACGAUCAAAUCCACAAGAAACAAAGCCACUACAAUGCUAAAAGAGACUACAGGACUUAGUUAAAAUGAAAUCCUGUCUACACCACAAGAGAUGUUAUCAGACCUUGAGAUGAACGUGAAUGUCACUAAGGUUUUCAUUCUCCUCUUCUCCCAUUACUCCCUAACCUCACUUUAACCAUAAAAUAAAUACUUUAUUUAUAAGCACCAGAAAAAAAACGAAAAGCUUAAGUCUGCUUUAUCCGUCUUUUUUGAAUGAUACAUGAAAGGAAUCUAACAGAGACCCAUGAAGCACCACAUUAGUGAUAACAAAGAGCUAGCUGUGAGCACAGAGAAGUGUUCUUUAUUAUAUAACUUUAACUCAAGGCAUUGGGCAGACGUCUGAAAACAAAGACAUAUCAACCAAGUCUUAGCUCCCCGGCGCAGAAGGCAGAAACGUAGAAAUUAAGAUAAACCGGCCAAAAUGGACAACGCGGUCCCCAACGGGACUGGCAACUGUCCAGCAUGCACAACCAGCUUCCCCUACAACUCUAGCCUGGUCUACGAGGACUAUUACCAAGAGCCAGAUGUCAGUAAGAUCAUCAUACCCUCCAUUUAUGCGCUGGUGUGCUGCGUGGGUCUAACAGGCAAUGCUAUGGUUAUUUAUGUGAUCCUAAAAUAUGCCAAGAUGAAGACCGCCACCAACAUUUACAUUUUGAACUUGGCGAUUGCUGACGAGCUCUUCAUGCUGAGUGUGCCGUUCCUGGCCACAUCGGCCGCUGUACGCCACUGGCCGUUUGGCUCGCUCAUGUGCCGCCUGGUGUUGAGCGUGGACGGUAUCAACAUGUUUACAUCCAUCUUCUGCCUGACGGUGUUGAGCGUGGACCGGUACGUGGCCGUGGUCCACCCAAUCAAGGCGGCGCGUUACCGCCGACCGACAGUUGCCAAAGUGGUAAACGUCUGCGUGUGGGGCUUCUCGCUCCUCGUCAUCCUCCCAAUUAUCAUCUUCGCUGACACGGUGCCGGCACAGGACGGCGGCGUGGACUGCAACUUCCUGUGGCCAGAGGCGGUGUGGUCAGAGGCGUUCGUGGUCUAUACCUUCCUGCUUGGCUUCUUGCUUCCUGUGGGCGCCAUCUGCCUCUGCUACUGCCUGAUGGUGGCGCGCAUGCGGGCGGUUGGCCUCAAAGCCGGCUGGCUGCAACGGCGGCGCUCGGAGAAGAAGAUUACGCGGAUGGUGCUGUGCGUGGUGGCUGUGUUCGUGCUCUGCUGGAUGCCCUUCUACAUCAUCCAGCUGGUCAGCGUGUUCCACCGGCCCCCAGACCCCAUGGUCACGCAGCUCUUCGUCAUCCUGAGUUACGCCAACAGCGGCGCCAAUCCCAUACUCUACGGCUUCGUGUCCGACAACUUCCGAAGGUCGUUCCAGAGGAUUGUGUGCUUUCGUUGGUUGGAGUCCGGACUGGACGGUGAGCAGGUGGACUACCGUGCCGUAGCGCUGAAGAGGCAGGCCACCAGUGGACAGAAAGACUUCCCAAAGGAACAUCAGGUAUCUGACAUGGUGUUCAGGAAUGGCACCUGUACCUCACGCACUACCACACUGUGACCAGUACCAGGUACUGUAAAUUACAACAUCCCGCUGAGUGCCACCAAGUGUAGUGGAUACAAAAGACAACCACAAACUGUGAGUGGGACCAAGUGUGGAUAUAAGACAACUUCAAAUUGUCAGUGACAGGAAAUCAAUGAAUGACAAGGGGGAAUGAGUUGGCACACACCCAAAGUAUUUGGUCGAGCUGGGGACUGAUGGUUAUAAAACAGCUGUAAAAAUGUACUGUACUGUAAAGUGAUACACUGUUAUGUACUGUACUGUAAAGUGAUACACUGUUAUGUACUGUACCGUAAAGUGAUUCACUGGGACCUGAGCACAAAACAUAGGUGUUUUACCCAAAUAAAAAUCACAAAAUCACUUUGAGCUUAGAUAUAGGGUGUGCUACUUUCUUAAUGCUGCUAUCCAGAGUAUGAGUUACACCUUUAAAAUAUUGGCGUUGGGGGUGGGGUGGUUCUCUAAUGUGGACAUUUGUUUGGGCCUAGUGGUUGGGUUAAGUGUAAAAAUGUAAAACAUUUUAUUUUGGCAUGAACAGAACAAGUCAUGUUUCCUGACUGUCAAAAAAACUACUUAAAAACUAAGCUUUGGCAACAUCCACUCCAAAAAUAUUUCUAGACAGAAUUACUUUUCACCAUCUCGAAGAUCCUACAUGUUUUCCUGUUUGUUUGACCUGUUGGACCCAAUUAGUUCUAAUGCAGAAUGCAUAUGAGCUCCACUGGCAGAAGCCCCAGAGACGUGUUUCACCCAGCAACUGUCUGUGAAGCAGCACAGAGCCAAGAAACAAGUGUUAAGAACUGAUAAUUGCCUGCCUAUGGUGCGAGAAUGAAUCCAAUUAAGUGAUAAUGAAACGCUAUCUGCGGACAAAUGUUUGUACAAAUAAAAAACCGCCGGCCACACCACCAGCCUCUGAUCUGAUCACUUGAACCUGAGGACCAGUUGUUUGCCCACGCUGCUGAGGACGUCAUUCUGAUCACCCAGGCUUCACAGCAGCCAA